GUGCGUCAUAAUUGUCAAAGUGAAGAGUCGCAAAACACAACACUCUCGAAGAGAAAGGAAUUUCGUUGGCGUAUUUUCGGUUGAAAAUUAAAAUGGACCCGGUUUCAAGCCUUAUCGUGGAUGUGCGAGUACUUUGAUGCAUUCUUGCUCCCAUCGGGUGACAGGAAGUUGCGUAUGAUAUAGCUGCUACUCGUAUUAUCGUUUUAUCUGUUGUUCCGGAGCACGCAGUUUAGAACAUUUUGUGAACGGCUCUGUUCAUAUGACCAUUUUCUCCCAAGACUACUGGCUGCCGCCUGACCCCCAAAGAGCGCGGACUGACGGGUCACCAAUGAGUUCCCCACUGCCAAGCCAACCAUUUGGCUCCCUCUACAACAACCAGAUCUCAGGUAUGGGGAGCCUGGGCCUGCAACAAUCGGCCGCGCGCGGCAUGGCCUCGCGAGGAUUCGGCAACAACGGCCUGCCGGGCGGCCACGUGACGCCCACCUCUGGCGGCUUUCCGUCGGGCCUGGUGAGCGGUCUGCCGCAGGCGGGCCAGGCGUCACCGAGCCGCGGCCUUCUACCCAUCAGCCGGGGCGGCGUCAUCGGCCCGCAGCAGCGGCCCAUCGGCAGCAUGGGCGACAUGAUGGGACGCCAGCCGGGCGCGCUAGGGGUGGGUAGCGGCCGGUCGGCGUUGGGCACCUUCGGCAUGCCGGGCCGCCCGCUCUCGGGCCAGCCGUCCAUGAUGGGCGUGUUCGGCCCCCCUCUGAGCGGAGCCGGCGACAACGCGCCUCCUCAGCUCGACCUCUCCGAGUUCCCGAGCCUAUCGAACCGGGCGCACGGGGAGCCGCCGCCCAGCCCCGCCAUCAGCAGGACACCAUACGUGGGGAUGGUCAAACAGCAGACCAACGAGUCGUCCGAGUUCACAAUGUCGUCGGAGGACUUCCCCGCGCUGCCAGGCAGCCAGCCGGAGCGGGCCAACCAGUCGGACCAGGGCAUGGAGAACUCGGGCUCGCUGGCGAUCGGCGGAUCGUCGGCGAGCAAACAGCAGAAACAGGGCAUCCAGACGCACCCAGACGGCAAGGUGACCAACAUCCCUGCGAGUAUGGUGGCCGACCAGUUCGGCAUGGUCGGCUUCCUGUCGUUCAUCCGGACGGCGGAGACGGACCAGAACAUCGUCCAGCUGGCGCAGGGUUCCGACCUCACCACGCUCGGGCUCAACCUCAAAUCGCCAGAGAACCAGUACCUGACGUUCGGCGGAGCGUGGGCAGAGACGCCCUGUCGAGCGCAGGAUAUUGACUUCUACGUGCCGCGCGAGUACCUCACCAAUGGCGUCACCAGGGAAAAGCUGGCGCAAAUAUCGCUAAGUCGGUACGGGGAAGAUCUAUUGUUUCACAUAUUCUACAUGAACGCCGGGGACGUGCUGCAAAUAAUGGCUGCGAGGGAACUCUACAACCGGGACUGGCGCUUCUUGAAAGAGGACCGCGUAUGGAUCACGCGCGCGCCCGGUGUGCCACCCAUCGAGAAAACCAGCGCGUAUGAGCGGGGCACAUACUACUACUUCGACGUCCAGAGUUGGCGCAAAGUGGCGAAAGAGUUCCAGGUCGAGUACGAAAAGCUGGAGGACCGGCCCGAGCGACCUCAGUACCCUUCCAUCUUCCCGGGGAGCCAGCCGGUGUAGAACACCGCCGCCGCCCCAGACAAUCGACGCUCGCGCGCACGCGGACGGGGAGGCUACUGCCGCCGCGUCGCCGCCGGUCGGCGCUCUCGUCCAUCUGCGCUGGCGCCGGCCCUCCACCUUCUUGCCACGUCCGGCGGGCCGCAGCAGACGCUCUGUGUUGGGGCUGCGCUCCGCCCGCCGGCCCGGCCGCCGCGUCGCGCUCACUCGCGCUCUCGGAACACCUGGCCGUGACGGAGCGGCCGCCGGCGACGGCCGGCCGCGCGCCCGCCCGUGCGCUGCGUACUGGGUACGCACAUGUGAUAGGGGCGGGGCGGCGCCGCGCGCGGCCCGCUCCAGUCCCAGCGCGCCCGCGAGCCGCGUCCGUCUCCGGCGGCGCCCGGCGUCGGCCGUCCGUCUCUCCGGCUCUCUAUCUCGCUUUCGCGGGCCGGCGCGUCAGUCUGUGCCAGUCGGGUCGCUCGCUCUUCCUCCGUCUAGGUCGGCGGGCCGGCGCCGGCGGCUGGACGGACAGGCGCCGCCCGGCGCCACCAGCCAGCCAGCCGUUCUCGACGCUUGUGAUCCGCCAGGCUCGGCGAUUCCGCUGCUCUAGCCACUACUUGGAAGCAUUUAUUUUGUGAUGCCUCGCACGGCGCGGAGCGUCAGACAGAUUAUGUUGUACUUCUGCUGUGACCGGAGCGGCGGCUGAUGCCGCCAGUCAGACAUAGACACUGUACAAUGGUGUAAUUAAAUAAAACAUUUUCAUCAAGAGACAUCGUUGUAA